GAGUGAGAGGGGAGAGAGAGUUUGGAGCCGUUUAUGGAUUCUCUUCGAUUGCGGUGUCUGUUCUUAUAGCCGUAGAGCUUCGGCCACAAAUGAAGCUUGCCGUUGCUCAGAUCGCUUUAGUUUCUGUACUCCUCACUUAUGUCAAUCCGAUUUCAGCUGUUUAUUCCAGCUCUCAGGAAAGCAGCGAUGGUUACGAGAAGCUAAUCUUAGGAGAAGAGAAUAUAGGACCAUGGACAAGUGGUUUUUUACAGUUUGCGGAAGCGCCGGGACCUGCGAAUGGCAGAUCUGCUGGCGCACUUGUUUUGGCAGCAAAGAAGACGAACAGACCGGAUAUCCUUAAUGGCUUCAAACAUUAUCGAGGUGGCUGGAAUAUUACGAAUAAGCAUUACUGGGCUUCUGUUGGAUUUACAGGUUCUGCUGGCUUUAUUCUUGCUCUUCUAUGGUUUAUUUCUUUUGGCUUGGUUCUUGUGGUACAACAUUGUUGGAGACUUAAGAUAAGCUUCAAAGGCAAAGGAACACACCUUCCAUAUAAGAUCUGUCUUAUAUUGCUACUUGUCUUCACAUGUGCCGCAGCUGUUGGAUGCAUUCUUCUUUUUGUUGGGCAGGAUGAGUUUCAUAACAAGGUGUUUGAUACGCUGAAAUAUGUUGUGAAUCAGUCUGACUACACUGUGCAGACUCUCAGAAAUGUCACAGAAUUUCUGUCUAUUGCCAAGACUAUAAAUGUGGACGAAGUUUUCCUUCCAUCAAAUGUCAAGGAUGAAAUUGACAAGUUGAAUGUGGAUUUAAAUACUGCGGCGAAUACUCUAACAGAGAAAACAAGUGAAAAUUCUGGAAAAAUAAGAAAAGUCUUCAAUGCUGUACGUUCAGCAUUAAUAACCGUGGCAGCUGUGAUGCUUGUCCUGGCUCUUCUUGGUCUUUUGCUUUCUGUACUUGGUCACCAACAUGCUAUUUAUAUAUUCAUCUUGAGUGGAUGGCUUCUUGUGGCAAUUACUUUCAUUCUUUGUGGAGUUUUUGUGAUCCUUAACAAUGCAAUUUCAGAUACUUGUGUGGCCAUGGGAGAGUGGGUUGACAAUCCCCAAGCAGAGACGGCGCUGAGCAGCAUCCUUCCUUGUGUUGAUAAGGAAACCACAAACAAGACCUUGUUCCAAAGUAAAGAAGUCAUUGGACAGCUCGUGAAUGUUGUGAACACAGUGAUAUACACCGUUCCCAACACAAAUCCUUCUCCUCAAGCUGGUCCUUUUUAUUUCAAUCAGUCUGGACCUUUGAUGCCUCCUCUUUGUUCCCCUUUUGAUUCCAAGCUGCAUGAUCGCCCUUGUGGAUCCAUAGAAGUGUCCCUUGCUAAUGCUUCUUCGGAAUGGAAGAAAUACAUAUGUACAGUGUCUGUAUCUGGAAUCUGCACGAGUGUUGGGAGGCUCACACCGAACCUGUACAACCAGUUGAUGGUGGCUGUGAAUGUGAGUUAUGCCCUUGAUCACUAUGCACCGCCAUUGCUCGACUUCCAGGAUUGCAAUUUUGUCCGGGAUACGUUCCGGCACAUCACUUCGGACUAUUGUCCUCCAGUUGAUCAUUACCUUAAUAUUAUAAAUGCAGGGUUGGGGCUUAUUGCAGUGGGAGUCCUGCUCUGCCUUGUUCUCUGGAUACUCUAUGCAAACCGCACCCAACGGGAGGAAGUGUUUGUGAGGUUUUCGCUACCAAUAAAGGCUCUAGGAUGCAUUUGCAAGAAGAGCAGUGGCAACAACGACGGUAGUAAUAGCAACAACAAAACAUCAACAACUGGUGGAGCCAUUGUAUAGAUCUCACGAUUGUUAAGGUAUCUGUAAGUAGUAUUAUAAGGUUAGCUUUCUUUAGUUUUGAGAUUAACCCCCUUGGCAGUGAUAUACCCAAGUGGGCCGAAGCUCCACAUUUUGGGUUUUGUGGUACCAUUUAUCCUCCUGGGGUGUUACCUUAACCUAGUUUCUGUGUAUAUACGUAUACAAAAUAUGUAAAACUUUCCAUCCUCAAUAGUAAAAGCAAAUCAUUUGUGUUU